AGACACUUCGAACUUCUCGCAGUCCCGCGUCCGCGUCUCCACCGUGUCCUGCCUGCGCGCUCACCGGAAUAAGCACGUGAUUAGGUUGUGACGUCACCUAAAUACCAUCCACAUGCUGAAGGAAUGUAAUCGUUGCGCUGGUUAACCGGUACAGUGAUGGUGUGAAAUGGCUCGGGAAGUCCCGGUCCCGGUCCUGUCGCUCCUCGCUCACACGGGAAGCAGCUGAAGUUGCAGUGGUAGUGCAAAGAUGGAGCACAUGGCGGAUGUGAAGUGUAAGAUGGUGGUGGUCGGGGACAGCGCGUGCGGCAAAACGGCUCUGCUCACCGUCUUCGCCAAAGACUGCUUCCCGGAGAGCUACGUGCCGACGGUUUUCGAGAACUACACAGCCAGCUUUGAGAUUGACUCUCUCCGAGUGGAACUCAGCCUCUGGGACACAUCUGGAUCACCGUACUACGACAACGUGCGUCCGCUCUCGUACCCUGACGCAGAUGCGGUGCUCAUCUGUUUCGACAUCAGCCGACCAGAAACCCUGGACAGUGUGCUCAGGAAGUGGAAAGGUGAGAUUGAGGAAUUCUGUCCCAAUACCAAAAUGCUCUUGGUUGGUUGCAAGUCAGAUCUUCGUACAGACCUGGCAACAUUUGUGCAGCUCUCCAACGAGUUGCCACUGACCUAUGAUCAGGGUUCAAACACAGCCAAGCAGAUUUCAGCUCCUUACAUUGAGUGUUCUGCACUGCAAUCGGAGAACAGCGUGAGAGACAUUUUCCACGUGGCCGCAUUGGCUUGCGUCAACAAGAGCAACAAAAAUGUAAAGCGUCACAAGUCUUCCAGAACCACCAAGAGAUCCUCACACAUGCCCAGUAGAGCUGAGCACGAUUCUAUGUCGUGUCUGCACAAGAGCAAGGCCAAAACCUGUUCUUUAAUGUGAAGAACUAAAAGAAACUCUUAUGCGUCUGCAUUUUACUCGGAUUUGUUUCCCAUCAGGAUCGAAAACAUGGAUUUUUUUUUUUUGCACUUUAUACAAAUUCAUUGACGUCUCCAAGAUGGCUACGCUAUAUGUAUAUAUAUCGUAAUUUUUCUGGAAGAGUCUGGAACCUGAUAGACCUGAAUUAAUGAAGCGCUCAUUGCGGUGGCAAAACCUGAUUUCCUUUUUAAAUUUAUGCAGGACUUAAAUGAUGGAUUUAAAAACAUCAAGUAAACUUUAAGAAGGAUUAUUCAUUAAAAAUUCAAAUAGUCUGCAUACAAAACAGAUCUAGCACCUAAACCCUUGUUUUAUUUUAGUGAAAGAAAUAACGGAUGUAUCUUACCACAGUAACAAAUUUAAACUCAUGUACGUCCUUCGGCCCAAGCAGAACUCGAUGGUCUGUGGUAAGUCUUUUCAGGACUGAGGAAUUUUGUAAAUGAACAUGAAGCAAUAAAUGAAUCUUAACCUCC